GUGCGCGACGUCGUGCGCGGCGCGCUCGACGAGGGCUGGCGCCAUUUCGACACGGCGGCGUUCUACGACAACGAGGCGGAGGUCGGCGCCGCGAUCCGCGACGCGGGCGCCAGGGACGCGCGCGUGACGAGCAAGGUCUGGUUCGACGACAUGACGUACGAGCGCGCCAGGGCGAGCGGCCUGCGGAGCCGCGAGCUGCUGGGCGACGCGCUCGACACGCUCCUGGUGCACUUCCCCGGCUCCACCGACGCCGUGCAGUCGCCCAAGGCCAACGCGCUGCGGCGCGCGGCGACCUGGGAGGCGCUCGUCGACCUCAAGCGAGCGGGCGUCGUGCGGCGGGUCGGCGUGUCGAACUACGUGCCGCGCCACGCGCGCGAGCAGCUGAAGUACAACGGCGUACCGGACGUCGUCCAGCUCGAGUCGCACCCGUUCUGCGCGAACGCGGAGCUCGCGGGCCUCUGGCGCGACGCUGGUGUCACAACCAUCCAGGCAUACUCGCCCUUCGCGAGCGGCCGCGCGCCGGUGCUCGCGCACCCGAGCGUCCGCGCCGUCGCCGACGCGAAGAAAUCGACGCCCGCGGCCGUCGUCCUCGCCUGGCUCCGGGCGCGCGGCCUCGAGCCCGUCGUCAAGGCGUCGUCGCCGGGCCAC